GUUAUCUGUUUAGCAGAAGAAAUUCAUACAGGUUUGAAACAACACAUGAAAUAAUGUAAUGCCCACUCAAUAUGAUAUCAUCACAUUAUUAUUAAUAUCACAAAGUGAUCACUCAUAUCGGUAGAACGCCGUUCAUUAACGUUAUCCUACAUAACCUCGAGGUAGCUUUAGCAAGUCAAAGUAACCUUUUUGCCUCAGAAAAAUGAAACACAUGUAACAUAAGGUUAACUAAACACAUUCCUUGACAACGUGGUUUCGUAAUAAGUUAUCUAUUUAUGUUAAUAUAGCUUAUUACAUGGCUUGGUUUAGUAUGCGGCCUGUUAUUUAUUGAUAACGUUAACAAACCGCUGCGAAGUAACGUUACGCCGUUGCCAUGAAAAACAGAGCGUUGGACGCGAAACGGAGUAUUUUCUUUUGCGGAAGCAAUACAACAUUUUUUUAAAUCAAUAUUUUGUGUCAAAUUAUUUAUUUAUCUUGUACGUAACGUUAGCCAUGUAAUAAGAGGGAUAAUGUAGCCUAUAGCGAGGCGGUUAUUAUUGAGAAUACAAGCCUUCAGGCUGAUGCAAGACCCCUCUGCAUUCAGCCUGUCGGGGUUGUUAACGUCUAACAGUUAUAAACCGCCUCGUAUUACAUUAUCCCUUACAUUAUAUCCCUGUGUAACUAAUACAAAGCAGUAAAAAAACGUUAGGGUUGAACUAACUUACCUCCAACUGAUUGAACGGUAGCCAUAUAAAUGGGGAAUCCACCUUUUGGUCGUUUUCCCACACCCCACUCGACGGCAAAUUCGUCUUCGUAGGUAAUCACGCCGUUUACAAAACUUUCCAGAUCAAAAUUUCGUAUGUAUUUAAUGUGAACAAUACUAAAUUUCCCCUCAUCAACCCCGGCACACCAUUUCACAAGCGCAUACAUGUCUUACUUCUCCUUGUUUUGUCUUCUUCGUUAACGUUCCUCAGGUUUACGCGGGUGUUGCUAUAGUGACAGAACUGGUUACCAUCGAAAUACUGAAAAAAAAUCUCAAUAAGAAAAAUUUUAAUGUUUUAAAAAUCAAAACCAAUAUGUUAUUGGUAUUGUUAUAGUUGUUAUUAUUAUUAUUAUUAUCUUAGUUUUAAAAAUCAGAUGGCCGUUACCGGAGGUUACGUAAUCCACCAAGUAAAUGUGCUCCAAGAAAGCAAGGUCAGGCAAGGUUCAAAUAUAGAUGAAGAGAUACAUUUGAUAUUAAAUUAUAUUUUCCAAAUUAAUUCUGGAGAUUUAGGUUUUUCUUUUUUUUUUUUCUUUUUUUUUAGAAGAACUGGUUUAGUAAAGAUAAUUUAAGUGUAGGUAAAUAUAUUAUUCUGACACACAUUUCAGAAGGUGGCGGCAACCAGACGCUGUGUGCCAACUGCCAUAAAGAAGAAGAAGAAGGUUCAAAUAAAUAUUAGCUUGGGUGAUUUCAGAGUCAAUUAUGGAAGACGGCAUUUUGAUUUUAAGUUCAUAAAUGGAGUAUCGAAAAUACCUUACCACGGGUGCAGCAGUUCCUGCGCGAACAGCACGUCGAUGGAAAAGGUCAGCGGCAUGUUCAGGCUCCCCAAGGAGAAAAAAAGUAUGUGUUUCUGCUGUUACCCUAAGUGAUCCUGCACGCAUCUCCUGUGGUCCUGCACUCGACUCCCGUCAUCUUGGUCCUGCACUCAAAUCACUUAAUCCUGAUCCUGCACUCGUCUCCUGUGGUCCUGCACUGAUUUCACAUGGUCCUGAUCCUGAUCCUGCACUCGUCUCCUGUGGUCCUGCACUGAUUUCACAUGGUCCUGAUCCUGAUCCUGCACUCGUCUCCUGUGGUCCUGCACUGAUUUCACACGGUCCUGAUCCUGAUCCUGCACUCGUCUCCUGUUAUCCUGCACUGAACUCACACGGUCCUGAUCCUGAUCCUGCACUCGUCUCCUGUGGUCCUGCACUGAACUCACAUGGUCCUGAUCCUGAUCCUGCACUCGUCUCCUGUGGUCCUGCACUGAACUCACAUGGUCCUGAUCCUGAUCCUGCACUCGACCGACAUGAUCCUGCACUCGUCUCCUGUUAUCCUGCACUGAACUCACAUGGUCCUGAUCCUGAUCCUGCACUCGACCGACAUGAUCUUGCACUCGUCUCCUGUGAUCCUGCAGUGAACUCACAUGGUCCUGAUCCCACACGCGUCCCCUGUGAUCCUGCACUUGUGUCGCCUGAUACUGAUUCUGCACUCAUUAGUACUAUAUCGGUCUGUGAAGAACCUCCACUCUCAUUCAUACCACCAGUCCACCAAACCUCUACAAACACUUCCUGUGCAUAUGGGCAGGUACGGCAAACUGCUACUGUCGAGGAUACAAGAAAACAGCAUGAGUUGCUUCUUCUUGCUUUAAAACUCAAGCAAGGACUGACUGAUGAAGCUUUAGAAGACACACUUAAAGUUGUUAACGUUAUAAGUCAGAGGCAUGCUGUGUCAUCUACCAAACAUCACUUUUACAGAACUUUUGAUGACUUAAAAAAAGAUAUUCAGUUUCACUACAUAUGUGAGGGAUGCACAAUUUCUGUAAACAUUGAGGGAGAAAAAGUGGUUUGUCCUAACUGUCAAUAUUCUUGUAGUGUAGCCGAUCACAUGAAACAGGGGCACUUCUUUAUUGUUUGUCCACUAGAAUCACAAUUAAGGAAUAUGAUGGAACAAGAGGAACUCUUCAGCCAGUUGACUAGGCCUAACAGUGCUGCUCACUCUAGUCCACUGACAGAUAUCACCGAUGGUGAGCUUUACAAGAGGGUUAACAGAAAUAUUGAAGGCCAAUCUGAGCAUCACGUCAAUCUCACACUAACCUUUAGCUGUGACGGGGUACCUGUGUUUAAGAAAUCUUCUUACAGUAUUUGGCCACUUCUCUAUACAGUCAAUGAAUUACCACCUGAUUUGAGAGCAAAACAAGUGAUGUUGGCAGCCUUAUGGUUUGGUCCAUCAAAGCCAAACUGUAACACAUACUUAUCACCAUUUGUGAAAGAAUGCAAUCAAUUGCUUACUCAUGGGUUUGAGUGGAUCAGUGUAAAUGGUAUUCAUGGCCGGUCCAAAGUAUUUCCCUUGGUUGCAGUAUGUGAUUCUGUUGCGAGACCGAUGAUUCAAAAUUUUAAGCAAUUCAAUGGAGAAUUUGGAUGUUCUUACUGUUUACAAAAAGGUACAGUCGUUGAGAAGGGUCAAGGUCAUGUACGGGUCUAUCCUUUUGAGUCUGAUACUGAAAGCAGAAAUCAUGGUAGCAGCCUAGAUUUUGCUCGAGAGGCUAUAGAAAAUCGCACUACUGUGAAAGGACCGUCUAUUUUGUCCUUGAUCCCAUCAGUUGACCUGAUACAAGGUUGCGUACCUGACUACAUGCACGCCUGUCUUCUUGGUGUUGCAAGAUCUAUGACUUAUAUGUGGGUUGGAAGUGACAAUCAUGAAAAUCCAUGGUAUGUAGGAAGAUGUAUCCAAGUGAUUGAUCAAAAACUUCACCUUAUUCAACCACCCUCCUGUGUCUCCAGAGUGCCUAGAUCACUGCGAGAGAGAAACUAUUGGAAGGCGCAUGAGUGGUACAUGUGGCUUUUCUACUAUAGCAUCCCAGUGCUUAAAGGGAUCUUACCAGAGUGCUAUCUAAUUCACUGGACACGGUUUGUGAAGGCUUUGGCAUUGCUCUUAACUGAAAGUGUCACCUUGCAACAAAUUCAGGAAGCAGAUAUCAUGCUUAGGAGAUUUGUGAUGGAAAUGGGGGAUCUCUAUGGUAUACAAAACAUAAUGUCCUCUCUUCACCUUGCACAAAGUGUGCGAAACUGGGGUCCUUUAUGGGCUCAUUCAGCUUUCACAUUUGAGUCAUAUAAUCACAGCCUGCUCAAAAUGAUCAAGAGCACACAAGGGGUCCCUUUGCAGAUUGCCAAAACAUUUCAGUUACAAAAGGGUCUGCCCUUAUAUGCCAAGAAAACACUGUCAAAUGCAUCCUCUGAAUGCAUUUCGGCCUUUGAAGACUUAGUCAGUCCUACACACACCCAGAGUGCAAUAAGGUGUAAAGAGGUCAUUGCACUUGGAGGCAGACAUGAGAAAGUAAGACUUGAGCAAGAUGACUACCUUGCCCUCCACAAUGUAGCUAAUCACAUAGAGAGAGAACUUCUUGUCAGUUACCGUGACAGGGCAGUAAUUAAUGGUGAAGUUACGCACUCUAAAAGACAUUCGAGAGAGAGAAAGAGAAACUCGCAUGUUGUAGUCCUCACAGAUAACAGUAUUUUCAGUGUUGAUAAGUUUGUUGUUGCAGACUUAGUAAGUGGGGAACACUGCUAUGCCAUAGGACAUUAUUUUGAAACAAAGCGACACAGUUUUUUUGCUUCAUUGUCGAACCCACACCACUUUAUUGCUGUUGGCAAAAAGUUGGGGCAUCUGACAGCUGUUCCAGCUGCAGUUAUUCAGAGAAAGUGUCUCUUUAUGAAUCUUCCAAACCUGAAGGUUAAUUAUGUUUUUAUGUUUUUGAAUCGUAAUGAGUUGACGAAUUGAUUAAAAAAACGAAAGGGGUCAUAGAAUGCAAAACAUUUUUACCCAUGCAGACCAAAUGGUGAAAACACAUUAUUCUUUAUAGAGUUUUCGCUUGUCAAUGAAAUGCUAAAUGAUAGUUAAAAAGAAUAUUGUCUAACUCUGAAUACCUUGACAUGAAUUGUUUGUACUUGUCAAAAUGUCAUGUAAUGAAAUGCCAGUUAAUAAUAGAAAUGUUGUAUUUACUUGUCUGAAUAGUUUGAAAAGAUGAUACUUAAUGUCUGAAUACCUCAAACGCCAAUAUUUAAAAUAAUCAAAAUGUACUGUUUUAUAUAUUAUAUCUGAAUGUCUAUAGUUGGAGAUAUUGUGUCUGUAUUGUGUCA